GACGAUACAUGGCGGCCUACAGUACCUCAUUGUGCCAUACAAGUCCGACGCAUAGGCACCUCUGCAUGCAGCACAACUCAGUGCGAUCCUGUGAUUAAUCAUCCACGACUUCGACCCCCCUUCGAGCACCGUUCUACAGAGAGGCUCACAGAUGGCAGACAUCUCGAAACGAGUCUGGAUACGCUGGGGCGACGGCCAGCCUUUCGAAAACACGUCCACCCUCGUCCUCACCGUGCCCUCCCAGACGUUCGUCGACGUCCGUGUUUUCAAGUCGCACGAGGCGCCCCCUCAAACAGCCGAGCCUUCCACCGCUGCGUCAGGUCUCGAGUGGGCCUUCUCCGGUGUUGCUAAGACCCAGUACCGCGACGGGGUCUGCCACAAGACGUGGACACACCAUAUCGACUCGCGGACCGCGCACGGAGCCGAGCCGCCUGUCGACGAGGGCGACAUGUUCCCGGAGCCGGACGGUGUGCUCUGCCGCGAGACGGGGCGAAUGGCCAACCCCGAGACAGGUGAGAUGUCCGACUACGAGGAGAUGUGGGAGACGGUGGAGGCGAAGACGACUGGUCAGGACAGAGACAAGUUCUGCCUUGUCGCUACGGUUGGCGGCCCCGCGGCGACGGCGCACAUGGCUAGAGGGGCUAUGAUCCGCAUUGGGCAGUACAUCCAAUGCUUGCUGAUCAUCGACGACGAGGUGAACGUCGAGAGAUGGAUAUACACAGGUGAGGACGCGACAGACGCGAUAGAUGGUAGCACUGUCGGGUCAGAGGGAUGGAUACGAGUGGUGAAGCUGGGUCCCCGCGUCCUACCAUGUCCUUGGUUCUUCCGAGCGACGGCGCGUUCAGUAGGAGCAACGUUCGAGGAUAAGACGCAGCCUUGGACGUGGACACUUGCAGAGAAAUCUUCGUGGUGACGGCGUAUAGGGCGUGUAUCCCAUACUCUUGCUUAUGACCGUCCUUGACUUAAUCUGAUCUUGUCGAUCCCCGAAGCUAUCCUUCCCUGCGCACAUCUCAGGCCCAUCCCCGUUCUCCGUCAUAUCCGGCUUGAUAGGACAUAAGACUGAGAGGCGC